UACAGAAGUACUGUUGUCGACUUUUUACUUUUAACUGCUUUUAACCCAAAUUCACAUUGUUAACAUCUGAGGGUUGGAAAAUGUUUGUUUAUUGAAUGUCUCAUUGUUGAUCGUAUUAAAAUAUCGUGUUUUUUACAAAAUUUAAUCAAGUUCAGUGUCAAGUAUGUUAAAAAUAUUAUGAUUCCAGUGGCAACGGUGUAGUUUUAUUAGGCAACAGAGCUCCUCUAGUGUAUUUCGUCUAUCCCUUUAGUCUUAAUUAUUUUAAUAUAUAUUUUGUCUUAGCAGCAAGAACAUGGAAGACUUAUUUGAAAGUUUCCCCGAAGAUAUAAAAUGUUGGGGAAAAAUUAAAGACCUUAUGGAUCUAGAAGCAGAUGAUGAACUAAGAAAUGAUGACAAGAGUGUUUCAAGUGUUCAGUUGCUCCCAAGGCAAAAAGUGAUGAUGUAUGGCUUGAUUCCCAAAGUGGAGCAAAGAAUUUAUGUAAAGUGUAAAGAGUGUAGACUGGUCUUUAAUCCAAGGGACAUUUUGUCACAUAAGGUGUGUCCAGGAAGAUCCCAUAGCUACUCUUCAAAUAAUUUAAAGAAGAAAGUCAAAAGUAAAACUAUUCCCCCCAAAAAGACUCAGACUAAUCUACCUCCACCUCCACUUUUCAAGAAAUCUUCACCCUCUACAUCAUCUACCCCACCUCUGAACAUUGUGGAGAUACCGAAAGUAUCUUCAUCGAAAAUAUCAAAAUCGCCAACAACUUCAGGUCACUCAACGUUAACUACAACCACUAGUUCCAGCACAAGUAAAUCUGAAGUUCGGGUGUCUUCUAGUGGGUCAAAAUCGAGUACCCAUCUACAGAAAUCUCCUUCCAAGCCAUCAACCUCUUCUACUUCUGCAGAACAUUCGCAAAAGUCAAAAUCUACGUCUACAUCGGGAGAAAGUAGUAACCCUUGUAGCUCUAGCAGCAGUAGCAAGCAUAAAAAGAAUAGGAAGAGUACUAGCAGCAGCAGUAGUACUAAGUUAACUAAGGAAUUUGACCCUGAUGUACAUUGUGGAGUGGUAGAAGGGAACAGAGGUCCUUGCACUAGGUCUAUCACAUGCUCCAAUCACAGGAUUCAGUUAAGAAAGUUGGUAACUGGUCGCAGUAAGGAUAUUCACCAAUUGAUAGCUGAGCGAAAGACUUUAAAGGAAAAAGAGAUGAAGCCAAGCUCAAAUUGUUCUUAUAUGUCCCCAAAUGGUCAGGCAGGAGAAAAAGGAUCUUUUUCUCCAAAUACUACCUUCGUACCCGCUGUCGCUGCCAUCGCAAACGUAAGUGAGCCACCUGAUACUUCGACGUUGAUACCUGCGAUUCCCAACAUUAAUGAAGCAACGAUUCCCGCUCCAGCAAGACAAACUACCUCAAAUGUUGCCGUGCAACCUGUGACUGAAACAGAGAAUUCAAACGUGAAAAUUGUGAAUAAUAACUACAUAUUGAAUAUGCAUUCUCCAGAAAGUGAUAUAGGUACUGUUCCUGUAGUUUAUAUGCCUAUGAACCUAAUAUCGUUUGUGCAAAUAGGAGACAAUUACAUAUGUUUGGAAUCUCCCCAGUCUGCACAGACAACUCCACCAAUAACCACUCAGUCCCUAUUGUUGACAAUUCCCAACUUGCAACGUUCGAAUAUGAAAACAUACAAAACCCUUCCAAAGCCAGCAGCCGUGCCAAACUACGGAGCUAAGAAGAUGGGAGGAGCCAUCUUACUAUCUACUAAACGUUUAGAAUGCCAAAGAAACGAGAUCAUGAUGGCUAUUACUCCGAAACGUAAAACUCUAAAUAAUACUCAAAAUCAUCGGAAUAUGUCUGUUUUAAAUCAUACUAAUACGCCUCAUAGACCUAAUAUACUAAAGGUAAAGAGCGUUAAUAAAGUAAAUUGUAAGAGAACAGCAACUGAUAAGAUAAGUACUUGUGAUAGCAAACAAUCGAGGCUGACUAAAAUUAUGGGUACGUUCUGCCCUCCUAUUUAAUAGAUUAUAUGUUUGGGUUAGGCCACUUUCUAGACCCCGAUGUUGUCUAUAAUUCGAUUCAUACAGCAAUAUAUUAUGACAAGUUGAUCCAAAAAUGUACAGAAAAUAUUUUAUUGUGAUUAAUUUUAUGAUUAAUGAGAAUUAUGUUUAUUUAACAUAAUGUAGAAGUAUUAUAACAUUGUAUUUAACGUCAUUUAUUCCUCAAGUGUAUUGUUUUAUUGAAUGUAUAUUGAUAUAUACAAGGUUCUUGGACUCCUAAGUGGAGCAUAGAGCUUCAGUGAAAACGGGUUCUAUUUUAUACUAAUACCUUCACCUUAUUCCAAGACUUUCCGUGACCUCUUAUUUCGGCCAUGAUGGAUCUUCUUCAAUUUUAUGCUGGGCGACCUCUUUUUCCUUUGGGAUUCCACUCUGGGACAGCCUGUGCAAUACUAAAACUAUUUUUUCGGAGUGUGUUACCGAUCCAACCCCUCUUUCUGGACUUAAUUUCAUAUUCUACUCUCUUUUGUUCGGUUAAGUGUAAUAGAUCUUCCUUUCUGAUGAUGUUAGGCCAGAAAUUAUAAACAAUUUAUUGUUCAUAAACAUUUGUUAACAAAGACCUGCAGUUUGUCUGUAAGAGUUUUCGGUCUCUAAGGUAAAUAUUCGGAUCUUAGUCCUUGUAGUAUACUCGCCAGACCUCCAAACAGGGUUGAGCAUGCUGAAUGCUUGUUGAGCUUUUCGUAUUCUCUUAUGAAUAACCUUUUCUGUACCUCCGUUUUCUGUUAUGACACUUCUAAGAUACAUAACGUUUUCCACAUUUUCAAUCUGCGUGUUGCCGAUAGUAAAUAGCAUGUUGUUCCUUGCGUUUAUUCUCAUCGACUUGGUUUUACUUAUAUUUAUUUUCAAACCUAUUUUAUUGGCUUCAGUGGAAAGUGUUUCGAAUUGGUCAGCCACAUCUUGGAACCUAUGUCCUAAUAGGAAGAUAUCGUCGGGGUAUUCUAGAUCGCUUAGGCGUGUGGUUAACGUCCAUUGUAUCCCUCUUAUGUCGGAGUAUAGUUUGGAGAGAACAUAUUCUACUGCUAUGUUAAAAAGAAACGGAGAAAGCACGCAUCGCUGUCUGACUCCAGUAAGUACUUCUAAUUCGUCAUUGUUGAUCCCAUUGUGUGUGACGCUGCAUUUCGCCUCAGUGUACAGUGUAAUAUAUUGAGACUUAUUUGUGUAAAAUACUUUAUUCUAUAAACGUUUUCCUUACAUGAUUUUACAAUGAGGUUAACUUCACCCUAUAUUCUAUAUGACAGGACAGACAGGCGACAUAGAAUAUAUUGUCUGCCCAACGACUGCCUUAACUUACAAGGGUUACCAGCCCACUAGUCACCACUAUAUUACACCUCUCCAUCCUUAAAUUAGAGCAUUAUAAAUCAAGCCUUUCAGGAGGUUUUAUAAUACGAUGAGGUCUUGUGGAAAGUACUGGACAGCUAACCUUAAGAGCACCAGGCUGUAUAGAGCUAGCCAGGUUUACAGUAGCAUUAGGAUUACAUUCACUCGCGUCACUCUCUAGCGGUUUCGAAAUAACUGUUUGCACUCCCGACACUCCCGCUACAUCAGCCUCUUGAGUAUUACUGUUAUUAUAACUAUCAGGUCUGUUUGUAUCGCCUACUAUACCAGUCCAUAUCGGAUAGCCAGUUACAUUUUGAGUAUUACCCUGAAAUUCCUGUCUGUCUACAACUGUCUCCCUAUCCACAUCAAGUUUAACUUCAUCAUAAAAUUUCCCCACCUUAAUAAUUUGAUCUGCAUGUCUUUUCCAUAAUAAAUUACUAUUUGUAACUGGCUUACAGAUAAAGUUAACUGGCCCAGCUUUGAGACAAUUAUAGCUUGGAUCCAUGAAGGUUUAUUUAAAUUCCUAUAAUCUUUAGUAUAAACUAAUUCCCCUUCUUCGAAUACUACCUGUCUACCCCCAUGAUGAUGUUUAAUCUGGUUUAACCUAGCCCUUUCUCUAGCAGAGCUAGUCAUAAAAUCUAAGCGGGUCUUAAUAUGUCACCAAACAUUAGUUGUGAAGGAGUUUCCCCCGUAGUGCAAUGAGGUGUAUUUCUAUAUGAAAACAAAUAUUUACUUAUAAGCACCCAUAAAUCUUUUGAAUCAGAAGUUUUAUCCAUUAAUAACUUGUUCAGGGCAUUUUUAAAAGUUUUUACACUGUUUUCAGAAGCCCCAUUAGUUGCUGGAUGAUAUGGAGCAGACGUUGUAUGUGUGAUGCCAUUCGUUUUACAAAAUGUUUCAAAUUCUUCACUAACCAAUUGGGGCCCAUUAUCCGAUAUUAUAGUAUUUGGCAACCCAUACCUAGCAAAGCAAUCUCUUAGUAUUUGCAGUGUUGCUGUGGUAUAUGUUUUAUCCAUGAUAUACACUUCCGGCCACUUUGAAAAUGAGUCUGUUAUGAUCAAAAACAUCUUUCUUCUGACUGGUCCUAAGAAGUGAAUUCUAUCAAAUACUCCCUUGGCUUCUUCAAACUUUACCAAUACUGUCUUAUUUGGAUUACUUGUGUUGGUCAUACAUGCUCCACAACUCUAUACAUAAUCCUCAAUUUCUUCAUCCAGAUAUCACCAAAAAUACUGUCUAGCAAGUGUCUUCAUCUUAACCAUUCUAUUGGGUGCCUCAUGUAUUUCCUCUAAUAACUGCUUUCUUAUCCUUUCCGGUACAAUUACCCUAAAUCCCCACAUUAACAUACCAUUAUCUAGACUUAAUUCAAGAUGCCUCCUCUUAAAAGGCCGUAAAUCUUCUUCUACUGCCUCUGGCCAACCUUCCCUUACAUACCUAUAUACCUUCGCUAAGUUUCUAUCUACUCGUGUUUCUCGAACUAAUAUCUCAGCGCUUACUAGUAACUUGUCUUCUACUUUCAAAAAAUGAAAAUAAUCUUAGGCUGUGUCAUUUUCCCCCUCUGAAGCUAAAGGAAGCCUUGAAAGCCCAUCUGCUCCCCCAUUUUGACUUCCCUUCACAUGUUGAAACCUGUAAUUAAAUCCGCUUAAGAAAAAAGCCCAUCUUUGAAGACGCCCCGCAGCCAUUUGUGGUAUUCCUUUGUGUUCCCCAAAAAUUGUCUGAAGAGGUUUGUGAUCUGAACAUAAAACAAACUUGUUUCCCAUCAAAUAUUGAUAAAACUUUUUGACCCCCCAAAAUAUUGCAAGAGCUUCUUUGUGGAUAACUGAAUAACUAGAUUCUGUUUUACUUAAUAACCUUGAAGCGAAACUAAUGGGUUUCACUGACCCAUCUGGCUAAAUAUGUAAAAGCACACAUCCCAGUCCCUUAUUUGAACUGUCACAAAAAAAAUUAAUUGGUUUCGCAGGAUCAAAAUAUGCUAACGUCUGGCCUAAUAAUAUAGCCUCUUUAGCUUGUUUAAAAGAUUUCUCACACUCUCUUGACCAUCUAAAUGGUGUAUUUGCCUUCAACAAGUUAUAUAAUGGACUUACAAUAUUGACAUUUUAGGGAGCAAACGAGCAUAAUAGUUAAUCAUUCCCACAAAAGCCUUCAUUUUUGUUACGUUGGUAGGUCGAGGAACCUCUACUAUGGCUUUAACCUUUUCUGGAUCUGUAUGAAGACCAUUUUUAUUAAUAACAUGUUCUAAAUAUCUAAUUUCAGGCUCAAAAAACUUACACUUUUUUAAAUUAAGUCUAAAACCAGCCUUAUAGAGCCUACUAAAUACAUCUUCCAAAUUUUUUAAGUGUUCUCCCCUAUUAUUCCCUGUGACUACAAUGUCAUCCAUAAAAUUUAUAGUUCCACUGGCUCCUUGUAAUACUCUUUCUAUAGUUUUUUGAAAAAUGGCACAUGCUGGUUUGGUGCAUAGGGGAGCCUAUGAAGUUGAUAAAUACCCCUAUGAGUACUCCAAGAUAACAACAAUUUCAUUUCAUCACUCACUUCUAAUUGAUUAUAUGCGUUUUUCAAAUCUAGUUUUGUGAAAUACUCUCCACCUUGGAGAGCCACAAAAAGUUCUUCAAUUCGAGGUAAAGGAUGUUUAAAGUCCUCUUAAAAUCUAUUUAUUGUUAUCUUGUAGUCUGCACACAAACGAAUUUGUCCGAUCUCUUUUAUGACAGGCACAAGAGGUGUACCCCAAUCCGAAUUAUCUACUAAUGAAAUUACCCCCUUUUGUACUAAUCCAUCUAAUUCGUUAUCAAUUUGCUCCUUAAAAAGAAAAGGCACUGGUCUUGGCUUAUGAAAAAUAGGUUUAACCCCCGCUUCAACCUUUAGUUUAAUCUUUUCAUACUUGUAACAACCUAACUCAUCUACAAAUAAACCUUCAUAGUUCCUAAGAUCAUUUAAAUCAUUUAUAUCUAUUUUAUAUAGGUCUUUAUCAAAUACUACUUGUAAAUCAAAAAGUUUCAUUAGAUCCCUGCCUACUAAUGGAGAGUUGUACCAUUUUUAACAACAACAAAUUUGGAAUCAUGUACCUUAUUCCCAUACUUAACCUUAGCUAAAAAUUCACCUUCUGGCCUAAUUAUUGAACCAUCAUAACAUUUCAACCUAAUUUGUGUUGAAUUGAUUGUGUUAGUAUCAAAUUUAUUCAUAAAAAUUUGUUUCGGUAUUACCGAAAUACCUGCACCAGAGUCCAACUCCAUUAGUAGAGGUUUAUUAUUUAUAAUUAAUUCUAUUUUUGAUGGCUUAACAUAUUCAUUAGUCACAUAAUUCAUAUCAAUAUAGACUACUGCUUCUGACCCUGUUGCAUCCAUUUCUUCCUUCAGAUGCUCCUUGACAACGUGACUCUACCGAUACAAAAUUAUUUGUCUUUUGAGGACAAACUUGAGCUAAAUGACCUGCUUUAUUACAUAUCCUACAGCGAAAAGAUCUAUAUCUACACAUUAAAAAAUUAUGGUUACCUCGUCCACAAUGUCUACAUCUAACAUUACUUUCUGUUGUACCUUCUUUUAUUUUUGGCACCUGCUUAACCUGGCCUUCAGGUCUUCUUUUCACUUCCUCAACUCGAUGUACUUGUGUUGCAUACGAUUGAUUUAGUGUUGCUUCCUUCUUUAACGCUAGCUCCACCAGGGCAGGGCUUCAAAUUUUAUGUAAUGUUCCUCUUCACAAAGCCUAUCUAAAAUAGCGUCCUUCCGUAGUCCUGUUAUAAACUUGUCUUUAAGUACAUCAUUUAAUAAAUUACUAAAUUUGCAGUUACUAGCUUGGUUUUUUAAUCUGGCAUACCACUGUCGAACUACCUCAUUUUCUGCUUGUCUCAUUUCAUAAAAAUCAAUCCUCUCUUUAAACACCGACAUUCUUCUUGUGAACUGAUUUCUUAGGAUAUCACAAAUCCUAUAUUCUAUAUGACAGGGCAGACAGGCGACAUAGAAUAUAUUGUCUGCCCAACGACUGCCUUAACCUAUAAGGGUUACCAGCCCACUAGUCACCACUAUAUUACAUACAGUGACUUUAUAAUGGAAAUUAUUUUAUGCGGGAUGUUUCUUAGCUCUAAAAUUUUCCAUAUAGCAUCAUGAGAGAUUAGCUGUCAAAGGCACGUUUUAAAUCAACGAAAAACAUGUAUAGGGGUGUGUUCCAUUCAACCGAUUGUUCCAUUAUUACCCUCACAGUAUUAAUUGGUCUAUGCAGAAGGAUCCUGGUCUAAAUCCUGCUUGAUUAGCUCGAAAUCCAAUCUUGUUUGUUAAUCUUUUUUAAGUAUGAUGGUCGUGAAAAUUUUGUUUAUGGUGGUAAACAAGGUUAUUUCUCUCCAAUUCUCGCCCAGUGUGAGGUUGCCCUUUUUUAGAAGGUUAUUAUGGGUACGUUGUACCCUCGUAUUUAAUAGAUUAUGUGUUUUGGUUCGGUUCACUUUUUAGAGCCCGAUGUUGUCUAUAAUUCGAUUCACACAGCAAUAGAUUAUGUCAAAUUGAUCCAGAAAUGUACAGAAAAUAUUUUAUUAUGUUUAUUUUAUGAUUAUUGUGAAUUAUGUUUAUUUAACAUAUAUACAAGUAUUAAUAACAUUGUAUUUAACGUCAUUUAUUCCUCAAUGUAUUGUUUUAUAGUGUUAGUGAUUGGUGUUUCUUCUGGUUAUUUGGCUCUGUUACUGUUUUAUAAUAGUAUUAUAUAUUAUGUAUGUGUUGGCUCAAAUCUGCCUCACUGUAGAGAUUUGAUCAGUAGGAGAUUACUGUAUUGACCUUGGAUUUUCUUGAGGGAAUUUACAUGGAAAAAUGACUCAAUUUAGCCAGCACAUAGGUACCAUAAUCUACUCAAGAUUGGAUUGUACAUCUCAUUUUAUUCUACUAUAAUGUUGAUGAAAUGAACAUUCCUUGACCAUGGAGAUCCUUAUUGGUACACUCUUGGAAGUAAUCAAUCUAAUUGUCACGUUAUCUGCUCCAAUUUCAUCGAAAGUUUUGAAAUGUAAUGCAAGUUACAGAAUAAUAUUAGAAAUUUAAUAUUAGCUCUGCCACCAUAACAACUAAUUUUAUAGAAAAUAGGAAAGUCCCAGAUACAGAAUACAUUAUUGAAAAUAAUAAUAUACACUAAUUUAAAUCUUAAACUUUCCUUAUUGGACCCCUCCUCUGUUAACAUCCACAUCUCAUGUAAAUUGUGGAAGGCAGAGAUUUAGGAUGUUAACAGAGAAGGGUUCUAAUAAGGAAAGUUUCAGAUUUAAAUUAGUGUAUAUUAUUAUUUUUAAUAAUGUAUUCUGUAUCUGGGACUUUCCUAUUUUCUUUAAUAGAUGUCGCGGCAGCGUUCUUAUGGUGGAUUUCAAUCUAUUUUUAAAAUUCCCUUUAAAAAGACAAUAUCGUUUCGUUUUGAUUCAGAGGCGGGCAAGCAUCUGCACUGAGGAAGUUCAUAACAGAAACAGUCUGUCUGUAGAUUGUGCCUUGCCUCUGAAUCGAAAUGAAACAUAAAUUGUCUUUUAAUUCACUUUAAUUAACUAAUUUUAUCUUUAGUUUACUUCUCUGUCUUCUUUAUAGUUGUUGUUAUACUCUGUUUAGUGAUUUUCUCUUAUUUCAGGUUUAAUUAUUCAGAUUAUGUUACUUUAAGAGUUGUAUCCCUUUUUAUAAAUAAAUAACAUCAAAAUCUCUUCAUUUUUAACUACAUACUGACACUGUGUUGUCUGCAUAUCUGAAAUUGUUACACGAUAUUGGAUUGAUACACGGAAUAUGCUGAAGGUUGUAAGGCUUCUAAGUAGAAGUCUUUAUUUGAAAUUAUUUCGCAAAUCUCUGUUCUGAGAUCUGCAUACAGGUUUCAAUGCGCAAUAAAAUCCUUACGUAUAAGCUAAGGUCCUGUUUUCGAAUUAUAUACAAUUUACUGAAAAACCUUGGCUUUGUAAGUCUUGUUGGCUCAUUCCAAGAUCAAUUGCCACGCUUCCUAUAUUUAGCCGUUGUGUUCUAGUUUGAAAUUUCAAAUGUUCUUAUGAUUUCCUACACUCGGUUUUUAAAUUUUGCUUUUUUUGCUCCUCGGUAUAUGAGUUUUAUAGCCUCCAUCUCAUUCAUUCUUCCUACAUAUCCAUGAUACGCUAUUUUGAUAGAUUGGCGAUCAAAAUGUUCGAAAUUGUAGAGCUUGUUUUCCUGUAUACCUUUGUAAAUAUGCCCAAGUAGAAAUAAUUAUCAAAAUGUAAUUUCCUCAAGUCCCUAUCAAAUAUUUUUGGAUCAACUUACUGUGUUACAUUUGCGGAUUAAUCACCUUAUAAUGCCUUCUAGUCAUAAAAGUUCAUAAAAUCAGUUCUAAGCGGAUCAAAUACGAGGGUCAACUCAUAAAAAAGUUUCCCUAUGCCGACGAGAAAGAGUGCGACGUGCUGGGAGAAAUCUGGCAACACUGUCUUACACAUCUACUCUUCCUCCCUCUUACCCCACCACUUUCAAGUAGCUGCACUGCUUAUUGCCGGCCUAGCAGCCUUCGAAGAUGGAGGUCUCGGUCGCUGUUACCGCCAAUGUGAAAUUCAUGCUGUAAUCUAUCUAAUCAGCCCUACACACCCAUCCUUGGAUAUAGGCCUCCUCUUCCUUCUUCCAUGCCUCUCUAUCUUGGGCAAUUUGCAUCCAUUUUGACCCACUGUGUUUCUUCAGGUCAUCUGACCAUCGCAUCUGUGGCCUUCUCCUUUUUCGUUUGUGGUUCCACGGUCUCCAAUGUAUAAUCAUCUUAGUCCAUCUUUCAUCCUUCUGCCGUAGGCUGUGUCCGGCGAAAUUCCAUUUAAGAUUUGCUACUUGGGUUGAGACAUCUUUCACUUUUGUUUUGUUACGGAUAUACAUUCGUUUCUUUUCCUGUCUGAUAGUUUCAUGUUCAGCAUUUGUCUUUCCAUGGAUCUUUCUGUCUUUGCUAUUUUGUCCAUAUUUUCUUUUGUAAACGUCCAUGUCUGAGAGCCAUAUGUUAGAACAGGAAGUAUACAUUGAUUGAAGACUCUUGUUUUUAGGUAUUGCGGGUAUUUUCUGUUCUUUAGAAUAUAAGACAGUUUUCCGAAUGAUGCCCAGGCCAAUCUUAUUCUCCUCUUUAUUUCUUCGGUCUGAUUUCCUUUAUUUAAUAGAUAUAUACUCCUUUACUUGUUCUAUUCUUGUUUUUGCCACUGUAAUUCAUCUUCAGUCCUAUCUUUGUCGAUUCUCUAUCUAGUUCUUCCAUCAUUCUUUGUAAUUCUUCACUUCUUUCUGUUAUUAAUACAAUAUCAUCAGCAUAUCGUAAGUAAUUCAGAUAUUGCCCGUUUAUGUUUAUACUCAAGCCAUGCCAGUGUAGUUGUUUGAACACAUCUUCUAGCGCUUGGUUGAAUAGCUUGGGCGAGAUGGUUAUCUCCUUGUCUUACUCCUCGGUUUAUUUUAAUAGGCUGCGUUUGUUUCAUUACCUUAAUACCUCUUUCCUGGUAUCCAUCUAAUUUAGUUGUUAAUCUGUUUGUUAAUAUCUUGAUUAAUAGUUUGUACAUUACAUUUAGUAAAGUUAUGGGUAUGUAAUUAUUUAGAUCCUUUUUAUCUCCUUUCUUAAAUAGUAACAGUGUUGCUUCUUCGUUCCAAGUGUUGGGUAUUUGUUUUGUCAUUAAUAUUUUAUUCAUAAGUAUGUAUAAAACUUCUCUAGUUGUUUUCCCACCAUUUUUAGCAUUUCUACAGUUAUCCCGUCUUUUCCUGGCGAUUUAUUAUUCUUCAUCUCAUUGAGUGUCUUUUUAUCUCAUAUCUCAUGCUGUAAUACGUCCUUUAAAUGUAAAAUGGAUUCCAUGUACAUAUUGACAUUCAUCGUCAGUUAAUCGAAGUAUAUGUUCGUGUAGAGAAUUCAGUGAAGGCCGAACGGAAAUUCACGAUGAUCUGAAGGCCUUCCGCUCAGUUGAACAUGUUGAACUUAUAUUCACUUUUACCAAUAAACUUUGAUUAACUGACGAUGAACGUCAAUAGGUGAAAUCCGUUUUGCACGUAAAAAACGUAUCACAGCAUGAAUUUCACAUUGGCGCUAACAACGACCGAGACCUCCGUCCUCGAAGGCGCUAGGCCGACACUAAGCAAUGCAGCUACGUGAAAGUGGUGGGGUAAGAGGGAGGAAGAGUAGAUGUGUAAGACAGUGUUGCCAUAUUUCUCCCAGUACGUCGCACUUUUUCUCAUCGACAUGGGGAACCUUUUUGUACGAAUGACUUUCGUAAGUACGUAUUCAUUGUUUCUUUAAAUUUAAUUGCACGUCAUACAAUUUUGACGUUACAUUUUCGCACAGUGUUGCCGUAUUUUCGAGAGAGUACAGAAUGUAGCGAAUUAUGAAAGGAUAUAAUGUAGAAGUAAUAGAUUUUGACAAGAGCUGCAACCUUAAAUUCGUUUGGAAAUAAUUCCUGAAUAAGUUGGAUUGUUUUAUGCAAAAAGUCAACCAACAUAAUUCUGAUUUUAAGAUAAAUAACUUUAAAGUCCAUAAUCUCUUUCAAAUCACAUGUUUUAUCAUAGUGUACCUAUGAUUAUGAUAUAUCAUUAUAUCAGUAACAUUUGAAAUUAAUUAUUUCUGUGUAAAUAAAACCAAUAAAAUUAUGGAUAAAUCCUUUUUGCUUUUCAAGUUAAACACAAAAGUAAGUUUAUUAAAUUACAGUAACCCACAUACUAAUUCUAAAACAUGUUUUAUUAAUACAAAAUGUAGGAUAAACUAAUUGAUAAUAGAGAAUUAAAAAUUUUAACAAUAUUUAAAAAGUGUUUCAAAUAAUUUUAAUCCUUUCAUCAAUGUCGAAGCAUUUUCUGCUCCAAAACCAUCAACAUCAUCAAUAGAAUUACCCUGUUCAGCUGUUCUUAAGAAAUUAUUAAAUGGUUUUAGAUCUUGUGGUACUAGCUUUAAUAUUUCUUUGAAAUCUUUAAUUUUUUCUUUGGAUACUGGUUUACCUGUUGGCCAUAACUGCUGAUCCAACUCCAUAUCUUUGAACGAUUUCUGCAGUCGGAACUUUUUUCUACAUCUACGAUGUGUACGUUUUCUUCUGAUGUGUGUGGUUUCAUUUAGAGCAAGAAAGACUCAUUCUUUAAAACUUUGACUUCAUGAGCCAAUUUUCUUUCUGAAAGUCAAGUUUUCUGUUUGUGAUACAUUCCAAUAGUUUGUCAAUUGAAACCAUUUCUCCUCUUUCUAUUUUGUUAACAACAAAUUAACGAUUACGUUCCUGGGCACUAAUAUUGAUACUACGAGUUUGACUACUGCAAAAGUCUGACCACAGAACCAAGGUUUUUAACAGCUGAAUUAACAUGAUCUUUGAUGUACUUCCUUAAAUAGGAUCCCACCUGUUGAGUUUCUCAGCUUCAUGUUCAAGCCAAACCUUAAAAACCUCCCUUCCUGUGCUACCAUCACGGAUACCAAGGUUGUACAAAUUCAACUGUCGUUUAUGUUAUCCCAAUCGGAAACUUUGGAAGAGGAUGGGUCUCCUGCAGAUUUGGCCUUUUCAAUUUGUUUGGAAUGUUUUAAUUUCAGAGUAUCUGUCGCCUUACCUAUAAGGCCUUUAAUUUGUUAUUGGAAUGUGUAGCACUUUUAUAACCCAAAUUUAUUAUUAUAAAAACUAUUAACCAAAUAAUAAAAGAUAACGACGAUUCUCCAAUAUGCUGUUUAGCUGUUAUGGCGCUAAUGUGGGUUGAUACAGGAAGUUGAAUGUUUAUUGCAAAAUAAACUUAAAAUAGCUGACUGUGCGUUGAGUCGUUUUUAGCUUGAAUUGAUGGUUAAACGUUUUUUGCCUAAUUGCCAGUUGAAUAUUCACAGACUAUUGGUUAAAAUUUCAACUGUAUCACUCUUUUAAAUAUCCAUGUGGCUUAAAUCAUUUUUGCAUAAUUUAAAUAACAAUAUAAUGUACUAUGUGGUUAGGAUAACUCAAUUUUUAAUUGUUUUGUGGUUUAACUGCUUUUUGUAUAACAUCAAAUUUUAUUCGAUUGAAAAUAUGAUGUAUAUAACUCAAAAUAAUUAUUAGGGAAUUUCUAAGUAGAGGAUACCGUGACGACAGAAAUUUCAUUGGGACGUGCAAUAAGUUUAAAAAAGAAUAAUGUAUACUUACUUUUCUUACUUUGACAAUUUCAAAAAAUGACAGUAUAAAAAUAAUUAAUAUUAUGUUCCUUUAACAAUAUCAAGAGAAUAUUUUUCCCUGUGUGUUAAUGCCUACCGUGCAAGCACAAGACUUCUGCUGGCAACGUUGCAUUUUUUACUUUUAAAUAUAAUUUUAAUCUAGACGAGAGCUUGAAUAAAAGCGUCAUUGCUACUAUAAAUAUUUCGUUUUAUAUUAUUUUUAACAUAUAAUCGUCCCAUAAUUCUGAUAUUUAUUUUUUAUUAACAUUUCGUUGGCUUAUUGCCUAACUCACUUUUUAAACUUUGAGAAAUCUACGUUUUAAACUUUAAAUUGAAAUGAAGAAUCGUCUGAAUUUAAAAAUGAUACACGGGAACACAAGGAAAAGAGAUAGACAAAAGAAUAAUGAAGGGGAACAGAGCGAUAGGGCUGUUUCACAUUAUAAGAAUUUUGAACGUGCGAGGGUUUCCUCGUGCGGUAGUUUUGACGUACUUGUCCUUUUCACACAAUAAGAAUUGAGUCGCACGAAGAUAUUUUGCUGUGUUGUUUGGUAUAUUAUUUUUAUUUACACUUUGUGGCUGAGGUAGGUACAUGAUACGAUGUCUGAUAUGUAUCAUUACGAUGUAUCAUUACAAAUGGGUAUUUUUUUGUCCAUACUUUUGUCCUAAUGUACUGUAGUGCGUAUUUAAUUCAUUUGCAAUUUCUAUUUUGUCAGUUAUUUCUUAUGUUUUUAAUUAAAAGUCUUAAUUUGUUUUUAUAAUCGUUGUUCUACUAAGAUAUUUGUGGGAUCUUGGAUAAGCUCAUCUAAUUGGUUCAUACAAUCUAUGUAAUAAACUAUUCUAAAUGGGAAAUAAGCCACAGUUUAACUAAAAAAAUGAUUUUAUUAACGUUUCGACAUGCGAUCUGGGCGUCGAAACGUUAAUAAAAUCAUGUUUUAAGUUAAACUGUGGCUUAUUUCCCAUUUAGAAUAGUUUAUUACAAAAAUGCCACAAGGAAAUAGCUUCAGAACAACAUUACAAUCUGUUUUUCAUGUACAGAAUUUAAAAAACUCUUCGUCAUCCACUCAUUUUUAAAUGUUGUUCCCCUCGUUUUAAAUGUUGUUUCCCUCGUUUUAAAUGUUGUUUUUAGAUAAUUUCACACAAGACGUGACGGCCGCCCUACUUCAGUCUUCACCGAGUCGUUUACCCUAUAAAACUAAAUAUAAUUUCGUAGAAUAAAUGGUAUAGUUAUAUUAUAUGGGGCGAAAUCAAAUUAUAGCGUUGUGGUUACUUUAUCGUCGAAGAAAGAGAAAUAAGAGGAACCGAAUUCAUUGGGUCCAUCAUAUGAACGCAAAAAGAUACGAUUUAUAUAUUUUUAGAUUCACACAUAUUGAUGGAACACCCUCUAUACUCAACGUUAAUUGAAACUAUGUAAAAUAAAGUUUAUUAUAAUAUACUUAGCAGUCUUAAUUACUGUUGUUAUCAGUAACAUAUAAUUAAUUUUGCUGUACCUACUUACCAAAUGUGUUUUUUCUUUAUCACCUAAUUCGUCAAAUUCACUGUUAAGUGCACGGCAUACACCACUCCAAGCAUUUCUCGUCAAGUUUCUAUAUUUAUAUAUUUAUGUCCCAAAGAACAGGUCUCGCUUCAAUCAAUGUUAUUAAUAUUUCACUAUCAAUCUGAGACAUCAUAAUAUAAAAUAUAUGCACCUACUUCAAACAGCCACAAAGUGUAAAUGAAAAUAAUGUACCAAACAACCAUGUAAACUACUUUCGUGCGACUGAACGACUGUAUCAUAUGAAAGUACUGGGUGCGUAAAGACGGCACGGCUGCCGUCGGCAUAAACACGGCGACUUCACCAAACGUUCCAACCACCGUCUAGUAAGAAAGGCUUCAUAUGAUUACAUGAGCCACCAUUGGAAUGUCGUCGUGCGUUCUAACCCUCGCACGUUUAAAUUCUUAUAAUGUGAAACAGCGCCUAGGGUCACUAAACUCAAUACUGAGAACAACAAAUCUGUCAACACCAGCUAAACUGCGGGUGUACGCGAGAGUAUUUAGAUCCACAGUGAUGAAUGCCAGCGAAUUGUAGUUUAUGAACCAACAGGAAGAAAAGGAAGUAGAAAUCUGGGAAAGAAAGUAUUCAGAAUCGACAAAAAGUGGAGUUAGCUUGUUUUGGCAGUAAGCUGACGAUUUAUCUCGUGUAAUUUUGUUUUAUUAUCAAUUAAUUAAAUUUAUUAUCAAAUAAAUAUUGCUCCCUAACAUGUUUUCUGAACUUAUAGGCUGUUAUAUGGAUCUUUUCCUGGCAUUUCAUCUGCAACUGUAGCAGGCCUACCCAGUUGUCUUGGCUGAGGUUGAUUGCUAACUGGUUUACAUUAACAGUAAGCAAUUAGUAUCAGGCUGAUUUACAUUUGCAGAUAACUGAGAGAGUGCAUUUUUAUUGUGUCUUUGUAUUUCAUUUUGGUCUCUUUUUCUUGAUACAGAGUGAUCCAACUUUUGUGACAAAAUCCGGCAUAUCUGUUAUUAUAGGAGAUACCAAAUAAAGUUAUUUACAAAAAUAGGAGGUAGUUAUAAGUUUAACAUUUUAAAAUUAAUUACAUAUACAGGGUGUAACAAAAAUACAGGUCAUAAAUUAAAUCACAUAUUCUGGGACCAAAAAUAGUUCGAUUGAACCUAACUUACCUUAGUACAAAUAUGCACACAAAAAAAGUUAUAGCCCUUUGAAGUUACAAAAUGAAAAUCGAUUUUUUCGAAUAUAUCGAAAACUAUUAGAGAUUUUUUAUUGAAAAUGGAUAUGUGGCAUUCUUAUGGCAGGAGCAUCUUAAACAAAAAUUAUAGUGAAAUUUGUGCACCCCAUAAAAAUUUUAUGGGGGUUUUGUUCCCUUAAACCCCCCCAAACUUUUGUGUACUUCUCAAUUAAAUUAUUAUUGUGGUACCAUUAGUUAAAUUUAAUAUUCCUAAAACUUUUAUGCCUCUUAGUAUUUUUUCAAUAAGGCAGUUUUUAUCGAGUUGAGGCUGAUUUUUUAAUAUGUUUACAUAAAAAAUUUAUGGGGGUUUUGUUCUUUUAAACCCCCAAAUGUUUGUGUACGUUCCAAUUAAAAUAUUUCUGCGGCACCAUUCGUUAAACACAGUGUUUUUAAAACUUUUUUGCCUCCUUGUAUUUUUUCGAGAAGGCACCUUUUAUCGAGAUAUGGCUUCUUUUUUAAUACGGUUCAAAAUAUACCUAAAAAUGUAAUUCAUACAUAAAUUUUCAUAUUAUUACCAAGUCUCCAUAAUCGUACUUAACCAUAUACAAAUAUGUGGUGGAUUUGACAAAUAUUCAAAAUAUAUCGAUAAAAACUGACUUUUUGAGAAAGUACUAAGAGCCAAAAAAGUUUUAAAAAUAUUGUGUUUAAGUAAUGGUACUACAAUAAUAAUUUAAUUGGAACGUACACAAAAGUUUGGGGGGGUUUAAAGGAACUAAACCCCCAUAAAAUUUUUAUAGGGUGUCCAAAUUUCACUAUAAUUUUUUCUGAAGAUGCUACUGUCAUAAGAAUGCCAUGUCUCCAUUUUCAAUAAAAAAUCUUUAAUAAUUUUCGAUAUAUUGGAAAGAAUCGAUUUUCAUUUUGUAACUUUUUUUAUAUGCACAUUUGUACUAAGGUAAGUUAGGUUCAAUCAAACUAUUUUUGGUCCCAGAAUAUGUGAUUAAAUUUAUGACCUGUAUUUUCGUUACACCCUGUAUAGUGGGUCUUCCAUAACAGUGUGUAACGAGGUCGUUGCGUUGUUGCUCCAGGUAACUAAAUCAGUCGAAGAAAAGAGUUCGCUUUUUAAGACAUUUUUAUUUGGAAUCAAAACAUACAAAAGAUAAGAUAAUUAACCUUAAUUACUCGUUAAUUUCGUUAAUAAAAUAUAUUUAUAAUCUACACAUCGAGCUUCCUGUUCGGGCCGAUGAGACGAUAUUUUGUACAUGAAUGAAUGAUUUUGACGAUCGCGUGAAAUAGGAAUUGCUUUUAUUAAUACGACAUGAAUGCAUAAGGAAAGGGAAGAAA